AAGCAGAAACAAAACAUCAAAGACGACGAUAGACGGCAUAAGAUGUGCACACAAUGGAAUCUAUUAGGACAACCGUCGUUACUCAAGAAAACCCACGCGUUUGUGAAAGCGGCCUAAGAGAGUUUUCCACAACUCACUAACACCGAUUCGCUGCUCGUGGCCACGCGAGUUUUCACGCACACACGCCUGCGUAGUGAAGUAAGCGGCUGAAACUAGGCGAGAGAUCGCGAGAGAGAGCGACAUCUCGCUUGCGCCCAGCCUCCCGUCCUAUUUCAACAGGUUUCGCCUUUCAGCAGUUGCAGCGAGAAACGCGUGCCUCUGCCUCUAGUAACACAGCACAAACAGUUAGAGGAACACACGUCGCGUUCGGAAACUGAAAACACAGUUUCACUGACAGCGUGGACAACACCUGACAUUCACCGCCGUCCUCCGACUUACGGUUGUUUAUCGCAUAUUAGUAAGAUGGGCUGACACGAUUCGCGAGAGAGAUAACUAUUUUUAAAUCCAUAUGGCCCGUAGCGGCGCGUGUUCAGUGGACGGUCGUAGUGCUCGAGAAAACCUCGCGAUCCCGCGGUCCCGCGUCCGCGGAGCGUGUCAGUCGUCACGUGCGAAACAUGAAAACUGUCAAACCUGACUGUGCCAAAAAGAAUCAUCAAAUAAACCCUAUAUAGAAAAUAUGCUAAUGUUAUAAUAAAGUGCGUCCGAUGCGGUGGAAGGGAUGAUUGGAAUGUAGUUAUAUAGUUUUGUGAUGAAAGACAUAGAAAGUUAGCAAGAUGUAAAUUUAUGCAUACUAUCAAUGUUUACCUCUUCAGUGUUGUGAAUAACGAUUAGUUUAAAUUAUUGUAGUGUACGGAGGAGCCGAUAUGGAGGGAAACUGCCGCAGAGUGGUCUUGCGGACGAUGUGGAACUGACGGCGAAGCACCCGGUUGUGAUAACAUAGGAUGUGUGGUUUCGGCCACCCUCUGCUCACGGACGUAUCAAUAAUAAUCAAGUCUGGUUGUAAAAUCAAUCCAUAAGUUGUGAUUAAAAGCUAGGAAAGCAAAGUAAUACUGAUAUAUGUACCUAUAUUGAUAAAUGAUAACAUGUUAAGAAUUCGAGUACUUAAUAGAUACCUGUUCUGGUGUUCAUGUUUCUACUUCUACUGUUAGCGAUGUUACAAAGGUUGUCUGUGUUACAUUUAGGACUCGAUUUUUCCUGAAUUUCGCUCGAGGUUGUGAAUACUUAUAAUAAAGAACUGACGCAAAAACUUGCAAGCUCCAUUAUCAUUGAGAUGGCGAAUGUGCUGGGUUGUUUUCAAAGUGAUACAGUGAAAGUACUUGGACAUAGAUAAAUUGUGUUUGUGAUAAGGAGAGGAAAUCAAAGCAACCUUAACUGGUUAGAAUGUGUUGGUAGAGAGCGGUAGCAGUGGCCGAGCGACGAUGGCAGCCGUUAACUCGGUGGCAACCACGCGGCUGCCGCUGCCGACGUUCUCGCCGCGCGCGGUGCUGAUGUACAGCGCCGCGGUGGGCGGCGAGGGCGCGGUGGCGCUGCAGCUGCGCGAGGCGGCCCCCGGCGAGCUGGAGGGCGCCCGGCUCAGCCUGCACGACGACCGGCUCGCCAUAGCCUGCCACGAGCCGGAGCUUCUCGCCGACCUUCUGCAUGCGACUGGUGCGGCUGAUAUAGAUGGGGAUCACGAUGAGCUAAGUGCCCUAUUGGGAGCGGCCUCACCGGAGCUCGGGCUCGCCUCCGACGCAUCGGAUAGCCUUCCUCUCCCUGAUCAUGAUAAUGAAUGCACGACCUCAUCCUCGUCAUCGGGCGUGACGAAUAGUGUCACGACAGUGUCGGUAGCGGUGUCGGGCCUAGAACGCUCGCCCACCGUCAAGAAAGUGCGCCCCAAGCCGUGCUCACCCAACCGUCAGGGCCCUCAGCAGUGCCAAGUAUGCAACAAGAUAUUCGGUAACGCAUCGGCGCUCGCCAAGCACAAACUGACGCACAGCGACGAGCGCAAGUAUGUGUGCAUCACUUGCGCAAAGGCCUUCAAGCGGCAGGACCAUCUUAACGGGCACAUGCUAACACACCGUAACAAGAAGCCGUACGAAUGCAAAGCGGACGGGUGCGGCAAAUCGUACUGCGAUGCGAGAUCCCUGCGCCGGCACACGGAGAACCACCACCAACCGUCAGGCUCAAAAACCUUAUCAUCCAGUGAAUCAUCACAAUCAGUAGUAAAAAAUCGUUCGAACAACACUGUCGCAAGCGCACCGAGCGCCGAGCGCGAGCCCGCCUCCCAGCGGCUGGCGUCGCCGGCGUCACCACCCAGAAACUACCCGCCGCACUCGGAUUCAAGCAACUCGGGGUCCGAGAAGUCGACGAGCAGUCGGAGCGUCAGCCGCGGCGGCAGCGACAGUAGUCCGCCGGGCACGCCGCCCGCACCGCCAACGCCACCCUCUCGGACCAAGCUGACCAAGCCUCCGACCAAACCUAAGACAACUACCGCGCAGCAGGGGAGCCAGAAAUGUGGCAGCGCGGCGAGUGCGAGCGGGAGCGGCAGCGGGGCGAUGAGCGGAGCGGGCGCGGGCGGGGGCGCGGUGCGCGGCGAAGUCAAGCCUGUCGAAUGCAAUUUGUGCCAUCGGAAGUUCAAAAAUAUACCCGCUCUCAAUGGCCAUAUGAGAUUACAUGGCGGAUAUUUUAAGAAGGACUCUGAUAGUAAAAAAAUGGAUAAAAAGGAAUCUACGGGACCUCCAUUACAAACGGCGUCUGUAUCCGUGCGAGCUCUUAUAGAAGAGAAAAUUAUCAGCCGGCGAGGCGCAAUAACAAUCUCUCCAGGUGUAGGCAAUACGGAUACGACGGCAGGGGGCGCGGGGUUCGCAACGCCCGCCCCGCCGCCGCUAGCGCCCGCGCGAUCGUCGGCGUCGCCCGUCUCACCCGCCGCCAGCACGGCUCAGUUCGUACCGCCGCGCGCCCCACCCGCUACCACUAUUGCCCCCAACACUACCGCUGCAACCGCCACCGCCGCGCAGAGAGACUCCACCCUCAUCGAGCUACUAAAAAGAGGCAACUCAAAGGUUGUGAAACGUUCGACGUCGGACCCGGGGCAAUCAUCACCUCAGCAGGAGUUCACUUUUAGACCCGAACUUUUCGGAGUUUCUUUCAACUCUGACGAUGGCUACUUCUCGCCCGCUCUAAACGAGGAUACUUUCCAAUUUACAACGACACCGGAACAGUUGGAAGAACUGGCGUCAUUAGAGGACUAUGCGACGGUAGCCGCGUCCAUUAGAGAAAGAUCUCCGGUUACUUUCCCGUCUAGUCGACGCCUUGCAGCCGUUUUGAACUCGCCACUGCCUGAAUCAUUAGCUGAUUUUGGCGCUUGUCACGGCGGCUCGCCAGUACCGUCACCUGGCAUUGGCUAUACGGCAAACUCCCCGGGCCUAUCCUACUCUACCGGAGAUUCCCCUGGGUUAGCCUACACGGCGACAUCUCCUGGCGGGAGCUACUCGACGCAACCAGAACCGUCGCCUGGAUUAGCGUAUCCGACACCACCUGCUUCUCAUGAUGCACAUUCGCCAGCGCAUACAGUGCCGCGUGUAUCGUCGCCUUUAUCUGCUGCCUUCUUUACGGCAACGAUGUCAAGUCAAGAAGAGGUAGAAGAAGCUCUGGAGGAAGUAUUACCCGAAGAAUGUAGAUCACUUGAUGCGUACUCUUUGGAGCCAUCGCCUAUGCCGCGCCGUAUAAUGCUCAAUUCUGAAGACCCGCUCUUAUCGAGCAGUCCGCGGGACUUCUCGAAUCAAAGACCUCCUCGCCGAUAUAGUCGCCUGCCAUCAACAUCAUCUUUAACAAACGCCGUACAUCAAUGGCAGCAUGAAGCUAGUUCUCUUCAGGUUUGCAUAGAAGGCCAGACAGUGCCAGCAGUGUUCCUAAGCCCGAGCAGCGUGCCCGCGUCCCCGCAGCGUCGCAAGCGUCGCGCGUCGCCCGCGGGCCCGUACCGCACCCGCAUGCGGCGACAUCUGAGCCACUACACCCCGCAGCCACUCCUGCCGCCGGACAGAGAAGGCCCUGGCCUUUUUGUGGAACUUACAGCAGGUCUUCCGAGUAUGGAAACCGACAUGCUAACGCAGCUAGAGGAGCCCCAGCAGCCAACGAUCAACAUUGGACAGGAGCAUCAAGCGGACAUACCGGAGAUGUGCAACGACCGGAUAGACCUCCAUCGAGCCUCGGAGCAACUGCUGUGGGACCCCGGCAUCAAUGACGCGCUUGAUGACAAUGAAGUCCGCAUGUUCAUGGAGCUGGCUAUGUGCGCGGCCAUGCCGGUGGGCGGGCACACGCGCGAGUUCGCGCUGCAAGUGCUGGGCGAGUGCGGCGGCGACGUGCGCGCCGCCACGCUGCGGCUCAUGUCGCGCCCCGCCGCGCCCGCGCAGCACGAGUCGCGCUGGGCGCCCGACGAGGUCGAGGCCUUCCUUGCCGGCCUGCGUCACUACGAUAAGGACUUCUACAGGAUUUCCCAGCUGAUAAGAACCAAAGACUCGAAGCAGUGCGUACAGUUCUACUAUUUCUGGAAGAAAGUUACCAAAGACUACAAGAUGCUGUACUUGAGAAGCUGGAACAUGGAACAGCAGUUGUCCACACAAGGUCAGCCGCCGGCCUCGUGCGCCGCCGCCGCCGCCGCGUCGCCCACGCCUUUCGAGGCCGAGGAGUUCCCGUGCAAGAUCUGCGGGAAAGUAUUUAACAAAGUAAAAAGUCGUAGCGCACACAUGAAGUCGCACCGGCCACUCGACGCCGAGCCGAAACGGCCCAAACUCGAAAAGCCUUAUGAAAAGGUCGAGCGAUCCGACGAGCGGUACGCGACUGCCGAUUACCAAUGCAAACCGCCCGCGCACUCUCUGUAACCGACCCCUUGUCACUCCCGGCGACUAACUCGCGCUCGGCCUCGCUCAGUGUCUGUGCUCUACUCCGCCGAUACCGAUACCGGCGAACAGGCCCCGGCCUGCGCGCUAGCAGCGCCGUAUGCCGCGAGGCGGCCUCGCGCGCCCCGAGGACAAAAUGCUGAAUUGUUUAAGCAUUUAUUAUAAUUAUUACAAAUUAAAUAGAAUUAUAGAUAAAUUAAAAAGUGAUCUAGUUGAGAGCGACGUAGUGGCUAGUAGCUAGAGAAGAGUUAGCUUGGGUAAACUGAACGAUUAGCUUAAUAAAACUACUAAUUAUUCGAAAUUCUCGUAUUGCUAAGCUUGAAGAGAUCGCAGAAAGAUAUUUUGUAUAACGAUUGAUACAUAGAUAGAUAGUUCUUCGUAAAGUUUUUUAUAAGACACUACGACUUCUAAAUGUGACUUUGCAAGUGUGAUGUUGUACAUAGAGAUAUAACAGCUCGGCGCGGACGCCGCUAAGACCGGCGCCGCCGAGCUCUAUUUGAAUGAUAAUGAAACUAUAAAAGUAUUACAACUUCGAGUGUGAUACUAAUAGUGUAGUAACUACACUACCUCGUCUUACUCGACCGUUUCAUUUCAUUGCGAGCUCAGCUCAUUAAAUUACGUUUGCUUGUUUGCUCAUCUCGUUGUUAUUUAUUCUUAGUCAUUCGUUUAAGUUUUGUUCUAGUCGCGUUAGACAUCAUUAAACGCACUUAAUCUCACGCCACUCAGGUUUAGACAACGAUAAGAGAACUGUAUCAAAUCAGCAUCCGUGCCGAUACCCAUCGCCCAACUUGGACCCAUAUUCAGAUUUUUAAUAUAUGAUAUCAAUUUGAUUUGAAAUUUAAAAUAAUGUUGAUGAUAAUAUUCUUAAAAUGUGAAUAUGUGUCUUGUACCGGAGCGGAGCGAUUCACAAUUGCACAUAUGUAGAGGAGGGAUCGCAGGCGCUCGGCCUCGUUGCCGUCGGCCUCGCCGCGCGCCUCGCAUCUCUGUUCAUUCCACUUGCUCGUUCACAGACUAAAACAAAAUAAUGGAAGGAUACUAAUAUUUUUUUACACAAAUAUUAUUAAAAUGCUCAAAUGUUCUAUAUUUUAUGUUGAUAACUUAUUGAAUAGUUCCUUAUUGAUUGUUCUAAAUAUGGUAUUAUUUAAUAUUUAAAUAGUUAAUUUUUGAUUGUAGUAAUAUUUUCUAUAAAUGAAUGUAAUGUAAUUCUAUAUUAUACGUGUAGAUCCGUGUUGUGAUAUGUAUUGUUGUUUCAGAGAUCUGUAAGUACUGUAUCGUUUGAAGGAAUGUACAAAUCGGGCAAUAAUGUCGUUGCUCAAGCCUACUCUAUGUACCGACUCGAUGUGUGUCCACUCGUAGGUCCGCGGCCCGCGACCCGCGACUGCUCCUCUUACUAACGUAAUAUUUUGCGGUUGUGACCUCCUCGAUCGACUUACUGUUGUCUUCCGAAAGUACUUUUAACAACCGACUCAAUAUUAAUUUUGGGGCAAUAUUCCUUAUAAAAGACAUGUUAAUACCUUCGAAUUAUUUAUUGAUAUUAUUAACACUUCACUGUUUAGAUUAACAUUUAACAUUACGGAGUAAAUGUAAGGCGUGUAACGCUGACAGUAUUAUGAUUAUAACUCGAUUCUUGGAAAUAAUUUAUUGUGGGAUUAGUCCCGAAACGAACAUUGAGAUAUGAAUUUAUUCUUCUGAAAGUUUACUGGAUAUUCGUUUUCCUUCCAUGAGUACCUGAAAUGGCCAGAGGGCGCCUCGAAGAGUUUCUUUAUCUGCGCGGUGUAGUGUACUUAACCGCUGCAUUAGCUGUAAUCGUUGCGAGCGGUUCGCGCCCGCGGUAUCGUCUUGGGUUGUC